AUGGCUUAUAGGGGUUCCACAUUUCAGCAGUUCACCCAGGCGAACCGACCAACAUUUGUAGGUAGACCAAACUCGAUCGCAGCUGAAGAUUGGAUUCAGGAAAUAGAGGAACUGCCGGGGGUGUUGGAGUGUAUUGAGGAGCAAAAGGUGAAAUAUUUCCCCGUUGUCACCCGCGCAGCUAAGGUAGAUAAAUUCCUGCAGCUGACUCAGGAGCCCAUGACUGUGCAGCAGUAUGCGGCCAAGUUUGUGAAGUUGUCCCGUUUUGCUCCACACAUGGUUUCGAGCAAGCCACUGAAGGCACGGAUGUUUGAGAGGGGACUCAGACAGAGCAUAUGCGCGCAGGUGGUGGCGUUGUUGACUCAGAGCUUUUAUGUGUUAGCGGGUCGAGCCAUGACAGUUGAGGCCAGCAUUCAGGAGGGGGAGAGUGUGGUGAACCAGAAGAAGAGGCCCUUGCCUCAAGGGUUUCAAACCAACACUAGCGAGGGCUCUUACAAGCGGCUUGAUAAUUUCUCGGGCCAACGACAGGAGAUGGGGUACCGAGGCCAUCAGGGGGGUUCCCAGUGCCAUAUAUGUUCUAGAUGCCAUCAGAGGCAUUGGGGCUAG